CAGCGGGUCUGGUCUGAGGGAGUCCAGACCUGCUGGAUCACUUCAGACCGCAGCUCAGACAUGGCAAGCUGCUCAGGAUGUGGACCGGGAUACCGCAGCCCGCUGGACGCCAUGAAGGGUCCUCGGGAGGAGAUUCUCUACCUGCCCUGCAUCUACCGCAACACCGGCAUCCUGAAACCUGACUACCUGGCCACUGUGGACGUGGACCCCAAAUCCCCCACCUACUGCCAGGUGAUCCACCGGCUGCCGAUGCCGAACCUUCGUGACGAGUUGCAUCACUCCGGCUGGAACGCCUGCAGCAGCUGCUUCGACGACGCCUCCAAGAAGAGAAACUUCCUGAUCCUGCCGUCGCUCAUCUCAUCCCGAAUUUACGUGGUCGACGUGGGGACGAAUCCCAGAGCGCCCAAAAUCCACAAGAUGGUGGAGCCCAUCGAGCUGUAUUGGAAGUGCGGCCUGGCGAACCCCCACACCAGCCACUGUCUGGGCAGUGGUCAGAUUAUGAUCAGCUGCAUGGGAGACCCGUCCGGUAACGGCAAAGGUGGUUUUGUUCUUCUGGAUGGUGAGACGUUCGAGGUGAUUGGUAACUGGGAGCACCAAGGCGAGGCGGUGCCGUUCGGCUACGACUUUUGGUACCAGCCUCGGCACAAUGUGAUGAUCAGCACCGAGUGGGGAGCGCCCAAGGCUCUGGUUAACGGUUUUAAUCCAGCUCAUGUCCAAGAAGGGCUCUAUGGCAGCGCCCUGAAUAUCUGGGACUGGACCACCCACAAGAAGCUGCAGAGGCUUGAUCUAGGAGAAGAGGGCGCCAUUCCCCUGGAGGUCCGGUUCCUCCAUGACCCGAGUGCCGCUGAGGGCUACGUGGGCUGUGCUCUGAAUUCAACUGUCUUCAGAUUCUACAAAACAGCAGAGGGGGACUGGGCUGCAGAGAAGGUCAUCAGCAUUCCUAGUAAGAAGGUGGAGGGAUGGAUGUUGCCCGAGAUGCCAAGUCUCAUCACAGACAUCCUGAUCUCACUGGAUGACCGUUAUCUCUACUUCAGUAACUGGCUGCACGGUGACAUCAGACAAUAUGACAUCACAGACCGCAGAAACCCACGGCUCGUUGGCCAGGUGUUCUUGGGAGGAAGUAUUGUCAGGGACGGACCCAUCAGAGUCCUGGAGGACCCAGAGAACCAGCAGCAGCCCCGCCCCUGCAUCAUAAAGGGGAAGCGUAUCCCUGGAAGUCCUCAGAUGCUGCAGCUCAGUCUGGAUGGGCGGCGCCUCUACGUGACCACGUCUCUGUACAGCGGCUGGGACAAACAGUUUUACCCCGACAUGAUCAGGGAGGGUUCAGUGAUGAUGCAGAUUGAUGUGGACACUGUGGACGGCGGUCUGACCCUGAAUGAGGACUUCCUGGUGGAUUUUGGUAAAGAGCCCGACGGUCCGGUUCUGGCCCACGAGCUGCGGUAUCCCGGCGGAGACUGCACCUCCGACAUCUGGCUGUGAAGCUGUGAUCGUCCUGAGCCUCAGAGUCCAAACACAUUUGAGAACAGCAUCACACAUUAGAAUAACUUUGUUGUCCAUCACAUCAGCCGCAAGAAAAAAACACAUAAAAAAGUACAGCAGAGAUCAGCACACACAUAAAGAUAAUCAAUAACAGAAUCAGUGAUAAACGGUGUUUCUGUACCAGAAUCCAUGAGGAGGAACUGAGCCUCAGCAGAUGUGUCCAUGUUUUGUUCAUUAUUCCAAAGCUUCCUCACUGAGUCUCCAUCCAGCCUCUUGGAACAGCUGAAAAACAGGUUAAAGGGCCAUUUCGCUUAAUUUCACACUGCCAUGUAUGUUUCGGUUCAACUUUGAACUUCCAAAUUCAGGUGAAGCGCCACUCUCAGGUCCUGCCUGCAGGUACAGCGCUCUGCUCACGCUGUUGAAAGCCAGCAGGAUUGAAAAUGCAGAAUGCUCCUUUAAAUCGUUCUGGCUCAGGGGAAACUCACAGACUUCAUCUUCACAACAUCCACCUCUCCCUGCUCGCUCUUUUCCUACCUUAUGAUUCAGAUCAGUGAUCGAUCAGACACGAAGCAGAACCGCGAGUCUGUGUCAAUCGAGCAGUGGGGCACCCUGAGGUACGCCUGAGCAAGGUAUCGUCCCUACACACUGCUCCCCAGGCGCCCAAUGGCUGCCCACUGCUUCACAGAGUGAAUGGGUUAAAUGCAGAGAGGAAUUUCCCCAGGGGGGUCAAUAAAGUACAUAUUAUUAUUAUUA